AAAAACAGGCCGAAUUCUAAAAUCAGGCCCAAUUCGUUGCCCGAUGCAUAUGGCAUAAACUCUCUACGUCAAAUCCGCAAUUUUGCAUUUUUUACCCAUCGACUAGAUCAAAAGGGCAGAUUGAGCACAAACUCCCGAGAAGUUAAACCUCGACUGUGAAAAUCAUGGUUUCCAAGGAACUUAUCUCCUUCUUCAUUGUGGCCACGCUCUCCUUCAAUCUCAGGGUUGAUGCUGAUCCAUCAGUCCCCAAAUCCCCUUUCUCCAUCGAUCUCGACACCCUUCAAGAUCAACUGAACUAUAAAUUUCAGAAUGUUGGAUUGCUUCGACGUGCUAUGACGCAUUCAUCAUACUCAGAGGAGAACAACAAAGCUUUGAGUAUUUUGGGAGAGGAAGUAAUGGAGACUUCAGUCUCAAUGCAAUUGCUGGUAAAAAACAUCGAUAUCUCGUCCAAGGAUCUGAACCAGGAGAUUUCUCAAGUGUCAAAGGUUGAGACUUCAUGUGCAGUGGAUGGAAAGAGGUUAGGUUUGCAGAACAUAGUUCGGGUUUCGUCCAAAACGAAUUCCACAACUCCAUCUGUCGUCUGUGGUGCUCUCCGUGCACUUUUUGGGGCAGUGGCAUUGGACACUGGCAGUGCAGAUGGUGCGGGGAAGUUGUUUUUGAAAGUUCAUUUGGAAGAUGCUGGGAAAGGUCGCAUUGGGGAUGUAAGGAACACACUUAAUAUGAUGAGUUAACACAAAUGCUAAAGGUACCCCAAAAUGUACCCCAUUUUUACCCCCACCCCCUAAUGUGUGGCCAUAAAUGGGGCAAUUCAUUUAAGUGGGGCACCACUUAAAUGAAUUGGCCCAUUUAUGACCACACAUUAGGGGUUGGGGUAAAAAUGGGGUACAUUUUGGGGUACUCCUAGCAAAACUCAUGAGUUAAAUGUCUCUAUGUGGUAGGCAGACUUGUCUUAUCUUUUGUUUGAAAGUUUUAAGUAGUUUUAUGUAUGUAAAUGUGAAGGAAGAUGGAUUAGACACUUGUUAGGUAAGCUUAGCAUAUGCAGUGAGCACUUUAAUUGUGGUGGAGUAACUGAGUAAUCUGCUUAACCUGUGAUAGGCAUGGACCGGUUCCGGUUCGGGCCCGGUUCGGGCCUGGGCCCGGCCGGGUCUCGGUUCAAGGAGGGGAGGCCCAGAACCGGCCCGGGUAACCCCCGGGUCUGGGCCGGUCCGGUUCCGGGCCGGUUGGCCCGGCCCGAGUCCACCCCUAACCUGUGAUAUUCCUUUAGAUUGCGUGUUUAUAUUGUCUUUAAUCUUUAUGUUAUUGUUAUUAUUAUUGUUGUUGUUGUUAUUAUUAUUAUUAUUAUUAAUUUUCUGGUCUGGUCUAAUUUGGU